AAAAAUCCGACAAAACUGAAAAACAUCAGAAUCAAACAUCAAAGAGAUGAGAGAGCUCUAAGUCUCUCCCAGUUAAUCGAUAAACCCUUCAUACAGCAUCUCUUGGUAAAGCAGAAAGUGAAAAGUAGAGUGUAAUGGCGUCAAUAUCAACAACCUCCUGGCUCUAUCGAGAUAAAGUAUGCACAGAGAGUGGAAGGCUCGGUACUUGUAUAUUACUGAGGCAAGUUAGAUACAAUUUUCCAAUCAGGAGAUUACAUGUUGGGGUUACUUCUAAGGAUGUGUUAGUGAGACAUUGUGUCAAAUGCAAGAAGGAGAAUGAUGAUGGUGAUGAUAAUGAUGCAAGUGAAGGGUCUUCUAAAAAGGAAGGACAAGGAUAUGAGUAUGUAUCUGUUGAGAGGGCACCUUACUAUAGUUACAUGGAUUCAACUUCUGGGAAAAUGGAGCCAGCGUCCGGGGCUAGAGCUAGCAUUCCAGGUGAGGAUUAUUGGCCUGAAGGGACAUCGAGCCGGGUUAGAGCUGCAAGAGCUCCUCAACCAGCUGGUGAGUCUUCGAGUUUCCCUUCUUAUGGGAAGAAUCCUGGGAGUAGGAGAAAGAAGAAUAGAAAAGCUACUGAGGGGAAUGUGAGUGUUGAAACGUAUGAUGAAGUGUCUGACUCUGAGGAUAGCUCUGAGGAAGAGGAGAAUGAUGUGUCGAACGGCUUUGUUGUUUAUAACAAUGAGGUUGAAGGGGAGGAAGAGGAAGAGACUGGUUUUGAGUUGGACAAGAAGCUUGGACGGCCACAUCCUUUUAUUGAUCCUACUAAGAAGAAACAGAUUGAGAAGACACUCACGAGUGAUGAGAGUUGGUGGAACUGGAGGAAACCAGAGAAAGAACAGUGGUCAAGGUGGCAAAGAAGACGUCCUGAUGUUGAAACGGUUUUUCUCAAGGCGAUGGCAGAAACAGGACAAGUGAAGCUCUACGGGAAAGAGCCAACACUAACGGAAACUUCGCUUUAUAGAGCAAGACGGCAUCUUUUCAAGGAAGAGAGGCUGCAAGCUGAGCGAGAGAGACUUGUAAAAGAAGGUCCAAUGGCUUUUUACUCUGAGUGGGUAAAAGCAUGGAAGAGAGACACGUCAAGAGAAGCUGUUCAGAAGCAUUUUGAAGAGACUGGGGAAGAUGAAAACACACAACUCAUUGAGAUGUUCUCUCAUCAGACAGAUAGAGAAUACAGGAUAAUGAUGGGAACUGAUGUAAGGAUCAAGAGAGAUCCUUUGGCAAUGCGGAUGAGGGAGGAUCAAAUUAAGCAAAUAUGGGGUGGGGAUCCGGUUUACCCGACGAUUAACUACAUUCAAGCUCCAGAUGCGGUUAUGGAUUUCAGAGGGCCUGAUUUUCAUGAGCCAACACCAAACAUGCUCUCUUAUCUGAAGGAGAAUGGCAAAGUCAUCUCAAGAGAGGUGCACGAAACACUAUUGGCAAAAGAGAAAACCGAGCAGGUUGAGGUGCCUGACAUUGAUGAUGCAAUGGCGCAAGCUGUUGAUAUUGGUGAAAACGAUGAUGAAGAAGAGGACGCAGAAGAAGCAGAAAAAGACGAGAAAGUUGCAAGGAACUGGAGUGUAUUGAAGAGUACCCCUGAACUUCGCAAUUCCAAACCUAAACCGAAGAAGGAAGGUCGGAUGUCUCUAGACGAAGCAGCGAAUGAUUCUGAGAACUUAACCGAUUUUCUCAUGGACUUUGAUGAGGAGACUGAUCCUUAACCGGUUUUGUGUUUAUUUUUACGGUUCAGACUUGAGUGUAAAGACCUUUUAUUUGUAAACUUAGAAGAUUAUAUGUUUGUUCACCCACUGAUUUUGGAAUUUCAUGGAUGGAUAAAUAAAACAAAAUAGUAUUUGAACAAAGAUCAUUGUAUUGAGUUUACUGUUUACUAGUGCAAACGGUUUGUUUCAG